UGUGGAAGGGACGCAACUCUAAUUUUGCACCGCCAUAUUUGGAGAAUAUCACGGAAAUUGUCAUAAAUUCUCAAUGUUUCCUUAAAGAAUUCAGAUAUAAUGGCAAACGUUCAAGACUUCGAUCCAAAUGACAAAACCAGUUGGUACUUUGGUCCAUUGAGCCGAGACGAAUCGAAUGCCAAACUUGAUGAUGUGAGAACAAAUGGUGUAUUUCUUGUUAGAGAAAGCCAGUCAAUAAAAGGGGAUUAUGUUCUUGUAGUAAGGGAAGACAAUAAAAUAAGUCAUUAUAUUAUUAACCGUAUUCAAGUUGGAGGCAAUGAGAUGUUCAGAAUAGGCGACCAACAAUUUCCAGAUAUUCCUGCACUCUUAAACUUCUACAAAACUCAUUAUCUGGAUACCACAGCUUUAACCUUUCCAGCACCAAGAGAUAAAGUUAUUGGAAAAUAUGCUUUCCCUGGAAACGACCCUGAAGAUUUACCAUUCAAGAAGGGCGAGGUACUCGAGCUGAUCUCUAAGGACGAGGACAAAUGGUGGUGUGCCAAAAAUAGUGCGGGACGCACGGGUCAGAUCCCCGUUCCCUACAUAGCACCUUAUCCUGGCAAAAUUCCUGAAGUACCAAAACCGUACAAGCCCGACCCAAGCCCGAUAGCCAAGCUCGCUUCAAAUGGAGGCUCUAACAGCACACAAGAGGAAAACCCACAGACUGGUCGGAGCACAUCGAAAGUGGGUGGUGAUAUCAACACACAGAUCCACUUACCCCAGCUACCCGCUGAGGCGGUAGUUAUAAAGGGUAGAGUGCCUAACUUGUUUGACAAAACUCAGUUGAAGUUGAAUGAAGGCGAUAUAGUGACUGUUACAAGAAUAAAUGCAAAUGGACAAUGGGAAGGUCAAAUUGGUGAAAAAAACGGGUUCUUCCCUUUUACACAUGUUAAAUUUUUGGACGACAAUUCCUAGUUUAUAGGAGAAUCAAAGACAUUCAUAUAGACAGAGGCUGUAAUGGAGGAGUUACAGAAAAUAAUUGUGCUGAGUUCUAGAUGUGAGCAGACAUCAUUAUUUCACCACCUGCACAUCCUUUCCUAGUGUACAUGUUGCCAGAGUUGGUUGCCCAGGCUAGGAAGAAUGAGAGUUGUAUGUCAGUUCGUGUUCUGUUGUGCAAGGAGUCUCUCUCUACUCAUCAACUUUUCUUCAUACAAAAAGGAAGUGAUCUGCAAAGAUGUUGUCAUGUUGUCUUAAGAUUGAAAUGAACAUAAUUGGUUUAAUUAUUAUUAAAACUGAACUGUAUAAUUUUCUGUUUAACAUUACGAUUCAUUUGGUAUUGUUAACUAUUCCCUAUUUUUAAAGACAAAAUAAUUUUACAUAAGUCAUAUUAUUAUAAUUUGGACCCUUUGGUUAAACAUGGGUCAAAACUAGGCAAAAUUUUGUUGUUGGUCCUGCAUCAGAUCAAUCUUCUCAUCAUUGCAUUAGUUUCUCUGCUUAAAAUGUUAAUUGUCAAUUUCAUUUUGCAUUAACAAAGAAAACUACCCAUUGUAAAUUGAAUAAUUAUGCUAUGAAAAUUUCAACUUACACAAUGUGAAACAGGCAUAGUAGAGUAAAUGAUGGACUGAUGUGGUUAAGAAAACACAUAGUACUGCUAAAUAAGUGUAUUCAUUUUUGUGUUGUUACUUUAGGAAUUCACAUACAUUGUUAUUCAAGUAGUUCAUAUAACUUUAAUGAUAUUUAUUAAAUGAAGAGCAACUCAGUAUUAGCAUUUAAAUAUAUAUAAGUUAUGUAUUCAGUUUUUAUAGUGCUAUUGUUGAAGCUUAUUUGCAGUAAAAUGAGUUAAACUGAUUAGACUCCGCUUUUCUCCCGGAAUUGAAGGAACCGGAGACAUACUGGAAAUUCAGAGGUAGAAAGUUAGGCCCCUGUUCUAAAAAUCAGUAUGAUACAAUUAAUGAUGUAUGCUUAUUGGAAGAAGGAAUUCAUGUGCCAAACAUUCAAUUUUCUGAAAUGGCAUUGUACUGUACCAAUAUUUUGCCCACUCUAGAAAAUUGACAUUGACAAAAUCUCAAAAAAAAUGUUUGACAGCUAAUUAUUAUAUAUAUUUCUACUUUCUAUCAAAAAGAACAUGUUGCUAUGUUUAACGAGUGUUCUGGAAUGAAAUACUUCCAUGUUUUAGGGUGGUAAAAAUCAAAAAUCCCCUGAUUUGCACAUAAUGCACUUAGUAAAAGAUUCUUACCAUAAUAUUUAUUGAAUACUGUGUAGAUUUUCAACUGACUUAGUAAAAGAUUCUUACCAUAAUAUCUUUUUGAAUACUGUGUAGAUUUUCAACUGUAUGUACUACUCAAUUGUCUAGCAAUUGUUGACAACAUAAUGAUGUAUUAUUUUUGUAAACUGCUUAAUGAAUCUGUCAGGCAAGUGAAAUUUAAAAGAUUCUUCUGCACGUGCACUCACAUUUUAAGUAUUGAUCAAAUUGUCUUCCAUUUGUUAUCGCUUUUCAUUGUCAGGAGAUUUCUGUUGUUGAUGUGCUUAAGCGAAUGAAAAAAUGGAAUUUAUAUGUAAAGAGUGUUUCAGACUCUAUCUUAUCACUUAUUUCCAUACAGUUUAGGAAACUGCUUAUUCUUGUUUGUUCGUAAUUUCUAUAUAAAGAGCUUUAUAGUGUUCACUUAAUGGCUGUAUGCAUUAUAAACUAAGCUGAGAAACUUGUUCAGUUUUUUUAACGUUGUACCUUUACGCUGUAGGGAGAGAAUCUGUGUUUAACGAGGGUAAAUUCAUGGACCAUUUGCGUUAUAAUUAUUUUGAUAUACUGUUUUUGCAAUAAUAUGUUUCAAUGAAACUAAAUAUUCUAAGGAUAAUGCUAAUAAAAGUGGGAGAUUUGAUGUCUUUUCGAAGCUUUACAUGCAAUCAUAUACCUCAAAUGUGUUCACUGUGGGUUUUUUUUGCAGUAAUUAGAAGAUAAUUCUAUGUUGAGUAGUUCACCUACUGUAGAACCAAGGUCUUUCAGUGAAAAAUAUUUGUUUUACAAUACUUCAAAAUGAAAUUUGGAGGAAAUAUUUAAUGUUUAUCUUGCACCGUACACAAAAAGAAAUAAUAUAUUUAAAAGCAAAAAAUCAUGCAAAGUCUCAAUUAAUAAAAAAUCAAAUAAAAAGGAAACCACUUAUUGUCAAUUAUCCUAAAAGAUUGAGACAUUUUAUCUUACUGUUUUGGAGAAAUUUAUAUUUUUGUUAUGUUUACGAUGCAAAAUGGUGGCUGGAUUCCCUAUUAAAAUCAACUUUUGAGUUCCUCAAACAGAAUAUUUAUCACCAGCUAUCCUGGUUCUACAGUAUGUGAAAGGCUCAACAGUUCUGUCUAAGAGGUUAUUUAUUUGCCUGCUUGCUGGUCUAACAGUUAUGAUUAAAAGACCAAGUGUUGGCAGUAUAUUCUGGUUUUCGUUGAAUAAUCAAACUCCAACUGACAAGAUACAUUUCAAUCCUUCAUGAACCCCACUUUUCUUUGUAAUGUGACGAAUGAACUGAUUGCAUGUUGUAUAAAUGCUUGUAGGCAAUAGUGUAGUACAGAGGCAAAAAUCACUAACCAUGCAAGAUGUGUUCAGUUAUUUAAUUUUACCAUAUUCCACUUUUCAUUUAGCCUACAUGUAUGUGCACACGCUGUUAUUAGACACAUGCACAAAAGUACAGCUGGAGUGUGUAUUUCCCUGUAUAUAUCAUUGUUGUGUAAAUCAGGACCAGAUUUUUGAUGGUUUACUUUUUGAUCAUUUUGCUACCAAAUGUGUGGAACACAUUGAUUUUAUCAGACUUUAUUCAUCAUGCAUUUGUUGAAACUACACUGCUUGUGGCUUUUCUUUAUGAUUUUAAUAAUGGUUUUGUUUCAUACUCAUGUUUUGUUAGUAUUUGUUAUUGUGUAAAUUGUUUUAUUCAGCAAGAACUCUUUCACUAGUUUAUUCAGUAAUCAAAAUCAAUUGCUUCAGGCUUGGAACACAGAGAUAAGCGAUCAGAAUUUAUAUUCAGUACAUUGUAGCUAUUCAGAUAUUUAUCACUUGCUAGUAUUGUCUUGUACAUUUUCAGAAUUAGAUAAUUUAUCAUACACUUGUAUUAUAGAUGACAGUUAAAUUAGACAUUAAAUGAAUUUGAACUAAA